UAUGUGCUAGGCACUCUGUGUAAGUACAGAGGAUACGAUGGUGAGCGAAACAGAUCCCUGCUUUCAUAGAGCUGACCUUCUAGUGGGGAAGAGACAACUGAAGAAAACGUGAAAGGAGCCAUGAGAAUGUAUAACAGGGGAAGUGAACUAAGAUCUAGUGGGUGAGUAGGAGGUAACCAGAGGAAGCACUUUCUGGACUGUGAAAACUUCUCAGGCAAAGGCUGUCAGGCCAGAAUGUCUUGGAGCUGUAAGGCCCGUGAAGCUGGAGCAAAAGCAAGUUAAGAAGUGUGGAGUUCCAGAUGAGGCUAGAGAGGAAGGAGAUGACCUCGAUCUUACGGAGCCCUCAGGCUCUCCAGCUUACUCUGGCUCUGAUCAAGCCUGAUGCAGUUGCUCACCCACUGAUUCUGGAGGCUGUUCAUCAGCAGAUUCUGAGCAACAAGUUCCUUAUUGUACGAAUGAGAGAACUUCUGUGGAGAAAGGAAGAUUGCCAGAAGUUUUACCAGGAGCAUGAAGGGCGUUUUUUCUAUCAGCGGCUGGUGGAGUUCAUGGCCAGUGGGCCAAUCCGAGCCUACAUCCUCGCCCACAAGGAUGCCAUCCAGCUCUGGAGGACAGUGAUGGGACCCACCAGAGUGUUUCGAGCAUGCCACGUGGCCCCAGAUUCAAUUCGUGGGAGUUUCGGCCUCACUGACACCCGUAAUACAACCCAUGGCUCAGACUCUGUGGUUUCAGCCAGUAGAGAGAUCGCAGCCUUCUUUCCCGACUUCAGUGAACAGCGCUGGUAUGAGGAAGAGGAGCCCCAGUUGCGCUGUGGCCCUGUGCGCUACAAUCCAGAGGGAGGCAUCCACUUUGCAGCUGGAACAGGAGGCCCAGGGCCAACCUGACGCAGGCCUGUUGGUCUGUGAAGAGUGGUGGCAUUGCCUAGCCUUUUCUCGCAGACCUCUGGUCCAGAGCAUUCUCCUAGGACCAGGGAGGCCUGGGGCUCAUUGUGCCAUCUCUGCUGGGCACCGCCACCUGCGUAAGAGCCUAGCUCCUCACUGCUACCUCUUCUAGAAUCUAACUCUCUAUCUACCUCUUCUCUGGAAAGUUCAUGGGUGGUUCAGAGGAAUGAUGGCUCCUUUUUUUUCUGAGAACUGUUCAUCCUUUCUCAAGGAGGGGCUUGCCUAACUGACUUGCCUGAAAAAUGCAGUGACCGUAUUAGCAACAUUUGGUCUAUUUUCCUUAAUAAAGGUCAGUAUUCUACUGAAUC